GCUCGCAAAGCCGUUUUGGCCUGAACCGAAUCGCGUGAGCACAGCAACGGGCUAGGACAGUGUUCAGGACCUUGCGUGAUCGUUACUUUGCCUCUGGGUGGCGUGGUUUGCACGGCGUAGCCCCACAACCGUCGGAAACAGCAAACCACAGUUGACGCGAAUCGGAGCGCUUUAGCCGCGCUGCCGGUUUUGGAGCUGUGCUAGCGACGCGGCAGCCAUGGAGGACAUCAUCGAACCAUUAACGGCCCUGAAGCUGCGCCCGAAAAAACUAGCCCGAUUAUCGGGCGAGCAGUGCGCCCUACUACGAGCGCUCGCGUCGCCGGCGCCCCACUCAAACGCGAGGACCUGGAAGCGCGCCGUGCAGACCGCGCCAAAGUGCGACGACGCGACGCUAUCAGCAGCUUUACGCCGCUACGACCUCGACGGCUACGGGCUGGUGCGGCCGGGCGUCUUCGACCUCGCCUUGGACGCGUGCGGUAUUAAUCUAGACAAGGACGAGAAGCGGAGGUUUUUCGAGAGUUUAGAUUAUGCGCGCUGCAACCGCUGCGACGCCGAGGUCUUGGUGGCGCUCUGCGCGCACUGGCGGCGCAGUCCCUUACAGGAAGAGAGGACGCCCCUCGCGGAAAUCAACGCGACGUACGACCAUGAGGCUCAGUGUUUCCUGGCCGACGCCCGGGCCUUCAAGAAGCGGUUGGCCGAUGCCUGCGAACGAUUGGACGUGAGCGGCCUCGGCGCGUUGCAUGGCGACGCGUUUUCGUUGGCUUGUAGGGACGCUGGUUUGGCCGCUCCGUCCAAGGACGUGUUGAAGAGGGUGGCGCCACCGAGAGACGAUGGUAGACACGACUACCGUUUACUUCUUGACUUAGAUGGUGCGGAUGCGGAAAGACUAGAGCACCACGCGCCGGGCGCGGGCGUGUGGAGGGAAGCGGAGGAGGUCUGGCCCGAAGCGAGAGCGUUCUAUGUCGACGCGAGCGCCGACGGCUUAGGUGCUGCGCUAGCGCGGGCCGGGCUGCCGCUGGGGUCGGAUGACGUGCUGGGGUUGUGGCGUGCUGCUGGUCGCCGAGGCGACUGUUCCCUUGCUUCUCUGGAUCGGUUCUUCCGCCUACCGCCCACAAAAGAGAAGCCGCCCAAGGUCCCGACAUGCGUGCGGGAGGAAGCGCCCUUUGCCUGUGGUGGGGACCCCCGGAACCUGUGGCAGCCGCGGAGGCCCCCGUCUCGCACGUCGGGCGUCUGGCGCGCCGACGAGGAGACGGAGGGCGCGUUUGAUGGGUGGAACCACCUCGAGAUGGUCGAGAAGCGUCCCGCGUCGAAGGGUGACUUUGCGGUCUGCCCGCCGUCGCCGAAACGGAAAUCGGAGACGCACUUCCUCGAAGGCAAGGUCGUGCCGCCCUUCUGGACGGCGGACGCGCCGCCACCGCCUCCACCCCAUGGUUGUGGGGACCACACGACGAAGCGGCAUAUCCAUAGAGGUGUCAGGGAGCCGUCGCGGAAGCCCUUUUUUGGGGGUCCAACAGUCGAGGGCGCCGGUUCGGAUCGCAUGGAGGAGGGGUUGGGUGAGCGGACGCCCGAAUUAGCUAGAAGGAUGCGUCAAGCGGCUCAAAAUGACGAGAAGUUGGCAUCUACAGCUAGGUCGCAGUUCCGAACGGGACCUUCGUCUUUAUCAAGAGGUGAGAUCUCGGGCCUGGCCCAGCACUUGGGCUGCGUGCCCUUCACGGCGGCGGACGUAGAUCGGGUCGAGCGGUGGCUGGCGUCUGGUAUUGUUCAUUCCAAUGUAGUGUACGAUGUCGAUGGAAGAGUUUUGCAGGAGCGCGACGAUUCCUUGCGGGCGCUGCUUGGGUUGGAGCGGCAGGGGCAUUUGGAAGAGGCUGCCGCUUGUCGUGAACGGGCUGCUAGGUUGCGAGGUAGACGAGGUUUUUCUGCUAUUUCCGCGUCGGCCAGGAGGGCGUGCUAUCGUGUCCUGCGGGCGUCGGACGCCGUCUCCCGUAAAUGUGAGGCCGCCGACGCCGAGGGUUUUGGAUAUUGCGGUACUAGAGCGCUCGAUGCCGCUUUGAGAGCGGACGCCUUAGUUUCAGAUGCUAAAGACCGAGAAGACAUCUGCGACUGGUGCGCCGUCGAGGGCAAGGUCGACUAUGCAGCGUUGUACGAGACGUUGUCUCGCGUGUUGGCCGAGGAUCGGCGGCUGCGGAAGGACCUGGACGUGCCUAAGAAAACAUCGAACCGGUUGACGCAGGACUCAUUAGCGGUCAAGUACGACGCGGCCCACACGCCACUACUCCCGGGCUGGGUCGGCAGCGACGGCCAGCCGCCCAAUAAAGGCAGGAGGAUGGUCGACGUCGACAUUAGCAAUCGGGCGGGCGCGGUCGGCGGCUUUUCGUCAGAUGGGAGUUUUGCCAUCGCGCAGAAGCGGCACUUCGGGAGCGAUCCCAAACGUUAUCAUAGACACUUUGACGACGGCGACGAGUUCGGGGACGGCCUGGUGCCGCAGGAGCACGCUAGACAUUAUAGGGAGGGCGUGGUCCGGGCGCGGCGUCCCCCUUCGUUGUCGCAACGUUCUGGUGUGUCGCGUCGAUGGCGUAUGAGCGCCCCACGCCAUCGCCGCGACGCGUCACGAAUUCUAUCCACACAGGCUGGCGGCGAGUCGCUGCGCCACUUCCACCGCUACCACGGCGACGGCGACGACCUCGGGCCCUCGCUCGUGCCGAACGAGGAGCACAGCUUGGUGGACGAGGUAGGAAGGGCGGGCCAGCGCAACCAGACGCACUACCACCGCCACUACUACGACGGCGACCAGCUCCACAUGCGCUGGGAGACGGCGACGCCCGAGAAGCGCAUCCGGCCGAUGGUCGACGCUUUACCUGCCGACCCUUCAUUAAUAGCGCGGGCGGCGGGCGCCGAGGAGUUUCGGGGGGAUGAUUUGGAUGCACGGGAGAAGCGCCUCGAGGCCCGUAAGUCGGGUCGAAGGAGCCCCGUCGACGUGCGCAAUAGUGUGAGGGACAAGCUCAAGAACUCGGUGGCCUUCUCUGGUAACGCGCAGACGGCGGCGGUGCGGCUGCGCCACGCCUUCAAGCGCCACGCGCGGCGCGGCGUGUCCGCGGGCGGCGGCGCGUUGUUACUUCUUGGAGCGAGGGGCAUGGUCGGGUCGGGCGCGGGCGCCGUCGCCGCGCCGACGGACGUGGGGCAGGUGCUGCGGGAGCUCGGCGUCGAAUUGGACGAGAGCGAGCUCGAGGCGCUGCUCGGCGAGGUGCAGGGGAACGCCGUGCCCGUGGAGGCCGUCGUGCGCGACGUGGCGCGGUGCGUGGCGGGCGUCUGCUAGGUGCUUCUUUUCCGCGCGGCUAACAAUUUUACCCUUCGA